AUGGGCCUCAGCGACAUUCGCGACAUUGACCGCGAGGACGUCUCCGACUUCGUCUGGAAAUGGAAGUGCAAGAUCCUCCACCGUCAGGACUCUCCCCUCAACAAGCCGCUCGACCUCGAGUCGUCCACCUCUGAGGAUGACCCCAAGACGCCCGCGCCCUCCAAGGACCCCACGUUUGGCUCCGACACCACCAUCAAGACGCUGUACGAGGGCCGCAACUCCAAUGCGACUCACUUCGAAUGGGUCGACUACCCGCCCAAGCAGCUCUCCAAGUCGGCCGCCCGCGCCCAGGACCGCGUUGCCAUCAAGGUCUACAAGGUCAAGGACCGCGAGAAGCCGUGUGUUGGCGGCCGCUUCCCCCUCAAGUACCACCAGAUCGAGGUCCAGAACCCCAUGCUGGUCGCCGCCCUCGAGCCCAUUCUGAAGAAGGAAAAUGUCUACCUCGACGUCCACGACACCGCUGAGUUCUCGGAGCCAUUCCGUGGCCUGUGGUUUUGCCAGGACGAGAUCAAGGAGCUGUACCGCCAGACUGCCGUCGACAACGCCCUCAAGGGCUACCUGCAGCUGUUCCUCAGGAUCCUCGACGACAUGUUUGGCGAGAUGAGGACCAAGCGACGCCAUCUCCUCGACGGUGGCUUGAUUGACUUCAAGACGGCGUGGACUCUUUUCCCCCGCGGCUCCACCGUCUACAGCUACGGCCUCAACUCUGAGUUCCUCUGCAAGGUCGAGGACACCGAGUAUGUCAAGAAGAACGAGGGCACCUUCCUCCUGGUCAAGGGCAAGAUCAUGACGUUCAAUGGUGAGGAGUUCGUCUGGCAGGACAAGACGCUCCCCAUCCCCGCGUUCACUGGCAACAACCCUAUUCGCGAGCUCCGCCACUACCCCUUCGAGUUCCACUCAGACCAGGACGCCAUCAUGAAGCACCUCGUCACCCGAGGCAGGAAAGUCCUCGAUCUCCAGGGACUCAAGUAUAGCUGCUACACCGGAAUCGCCCUGCACGACGGCGAGAAGCAGUGCAUCGAGAAGCACAACGUCGAGGGCCGUGUGCUCAUUGACGUCGUGGGCUACAACAAGUACCACCUCGCGCUGGGCAAGCGAGAAAAUAAGGACCCGGAGACGGCGCGGAACCAGGUUCGCCGUGCUCGCCGACGGCUGCCGCAAGACGAGGAGGAAGAGGAGGGGGAGGUCAAAUCCCCGAGUACCCAAAAGAAGCGGUUGAGCGAGAAGAAGCAGCUGAGGAAUAAGAAUGAGAUGCUCGAGAAGCCCGAGGAACUCGCCUUCAUGUCUGAGAUGAUUGGGGGGUAUGCACUCAAGAACAAGCUCUGGGUGCAAUUCUAUAUCGAGGAUAUUGAACCCAUGGUUUGGAACGACCAAGCCUUCUCCCACCUCGUCUACGACGACCAGCAAAAGGACCUCGUCCUCUCCUUUGUAGAGAACCACAACCUCACCAACGGCUCCUCGGCCGUCAUGGAGGACGUCAUCGUCGGCAAGGGCCAGGGCCUCAUCAUCCUGCUGUCGGGCCCGCCCGGCACCGGCAAGACGCUCACGGCCGAGGCCGUCGCGGACCGCACGCACCGGCCGCUCUUCUACCUGCAGGCCGAGGACCUGGGCAUCAACGCGGCGACGCUGGGGGCCAACAUCAAGCGCGUCUUCGAGAUGGCGACGGAGUGGAACGCCGUCAUCCUGCUCGACGAGGCCGACGUCUUCAUGGCCGAGCGCAACCCCAACGACAUCCACCGCAACGAGCUCGUCAGCAUCUUCCUGCGCGAGCUCGAGUACUUCCGCGGCAUCAUCUUCCUCACCACCAACCUGUACCACACCAUCGACUCCGCCUUCCGCAGCCGCGUCAGCCUGCACCUGCUCUUCCAGGCCCUCAGCCGCGACGCCCGCGAGAGCAUCUGGCGCAAGUUCCUGCAGCGGCUGCCCGAGCAGGCGGCGCGCGUCAAGGACGUCACCGACGGGGAGGAGGAGGAGCAGCACGCGAAGCCGGCCGACAAGCCGCUCGACGACGAGGACAUUGCCGAGCUCUCGCUGUGGCAGCUCAACGGCCGCGAGAUCAAGAACGCCGUCAAGAUGGUGCGCAACUGGUGCGACCACAAGGGGUACGUCAUGACGCUCUCGCGGCUGGAGAAUGGCAUCAAGGUGACGAGUCCCCAUGCGUCCAAGGAUGGCGACGUCGACAAGGAGCUGUAUGAGUGA